CCCGCAUUGUGCCUUUCGACCUGUCGCUACCGGGGCUAACAUUGUUCCCACUCGUGCUCCCCUUCUUGCUCUGCCUCCCUCCAAUGAUUCCUCGGCCGCCGCCUCUACGGUUAACCAGCACCAGUCUUCUUCCGCGACCACCUCUAAUUCAGGUCCAAGUCGUCCCAAUUGGUGGACCCGUAAUCAGGAGAAGUUGGACUUGUGCUACAGCAAGGUUAUGGAGGAUCGCCAGAAGGAAGCUCGAAAAAGGGAAGAGGAGGAGCGUAUGCGCCUGGAAAGAGAAGAAGAGGAAAAGCAUCUCAAGUGGAAAAAGGAAUUGGGGAAAUUUGAAACGAACAUGGGCUCUCGCCUAGAGAAGAAACUUGAUGAGCUCGGAGCCUCUAUCAAAGGGAAGGGCGCUGUUGACGUCCCCACCAGCAAUGACUCGGAGGAUGAACUUGCGAAGUUGAGGCGGGAGGGCUGCGACUUGAAGGAUAAAAUUAAUGCCCUUCUUAAUCAUCCGGGGGAGGAUAAGGUUUUGUACUUACAACAGGAGAUUCUGGAUCUGCGCAAGCAGGUUACGUCGAAGCAGACAAGCGAGGAUGCUAUCCUUGCCCUCAAAUUGGAGAUGGACGAUUUGAAGCGAAUGAACAGCUCGAAACGAGACCUUGAGAAGGCGGUCACCAAUCUCAGGAGUAAUAAGCGGGGCAGCGUCGCGGUCAACACACCGGGCGAACCUCCGCGUGGUGCUCCGAAGCCACGCUGGACUGACAACAUACGUGACACAGACGAAUGGAGGGAGGAGUACCGGAAUUUGCGUAAUCUGCACCAAUUGGCGAAUGUUGAGGCGGAGGCGCUCAAGAAGAAACGCACGGAGGCGGAAGCAAAACGAAUGGAAGCUGAGCUACAGGUUAAGAAGCUAGAAGAAAGGAUGAGUAAGCUGUCGGCAAGCGGGGAGAAGGAUAGGAGGGGAGGUGGCACCAACCUGAAGGAGCGUAUGGAAGAAGCUGCCUUGCGAUCGGCUCGUAAGGGAGUUAAGGCGACUUCGGGCAGAUUUGGUGGCAAGUCUCCAGAAGCUGAUGCGUCGACGCAGGAUGCGGCGGAGGUUAACGACCGUACUGGGUUUGUCAAAGGAGAAAAGAAGAAGCUCCGGAUGUUACGGAAGGCGGGUCUGGAGCCUUUGUGCAAAGAGGCAGAUAUCAAGCUCGAUAGAUUCGAGGAUAUUAUCUGCGAGCUUGCUGAAUAUCGGGCUAAAUUGCGGUUCGGAUCUUCGUCUACGGAUGGAGGUGGUGCCAAGGAAGCUUGCUCCGUUGUUGAAGUUGAGGAAGACUCUUCCAAGGACACAAGGGGUGAAGGAAGCGAUGGCGUACGCUCAGUGGAGCUAUAGGGGGUUGUCCCGGACGUAGCCAAGCUCUGGCGGUUGGCGAUUGAGUGUAAGAUAUUGCGUUCUCAUUCUCGU